AUGGAAGAGAUGGGAGAGCAUAGCAGUACCAGCAACAACAGUGGACGUGAAAAAGAACCUGAUUAUAAAUAUCCUAGCCCAGUCUCAAGUUUUGAAUCUCCUUUCUCGGAAGGGAGUUGCAACUCGUCAGAUUGCACAAGAAAUUUUACUGGCACUGGAUGCAACCAGUGUUUAUCUGCUGAUGCUCAUGAAAUGCUCGAUUGGAUCUCUUCCCAAAAGUCCCAACCUGUGGAAGGUGAGCCAGAGUUAUCAGAUUCUGCUACAUCUAUAUUUGUUGGGAGCAUGAAUAGAAAGGGUAUAAUUACUGCAUUCAGUUCUGCAAAUGUUGAGGGAUCAUCGCACUGUGAAUUUGAGUAUAUUCAAGAUAUACUAAGUGAUGCAGAUUUGAUGUUGAAGGAUUUUGCUUUGGGUCAGGCCCACCAGGUGAUAACACCCGAUCUAUUUGAUCGGUUGGAGAAUCAGAGAACAAAGUUGAAUAGAAGUAUGGAAGAACAAUUCGAGCUUGGGCGAAAAGUUUUGUUUGACUGUGUGUGCGAAUGUUUGAAAUUUAGGUGCGGGCGGCUUAUUGGUGGAAGUUGCAAAGCUUGGGCAAAAUGGACAACACUGUUCCAUCGGAAAGAGUGGUUAGCAGAGGAAUUGUACAAAGAGAUAUCUGGUUGGACAAGCAUGGAAGACUUGAUGGUGGAUGAGGUUGUUGAUAAGGACAUGAGUAGUCAAUAUGGGAAAUGGGUUGACUUUGAGAUUGAAGCAUUUGAGGAGGGUUUAGAGAUUGAGAAGGGAAUAUUAAUUUCUUUGGUUGAUGAAUUGGUUGAUGACUUAUUUCAGUGUUAAAGCCCUCGGUGAGUGCGUGUGAAUGAUUGCUAGAGGAAGACCAAUUGUUCUUGCCCAACAGCUUUUAUUUUUGGAAUAGCCAACCCGUAACUACUACAAUUUGCUUACAUGGUUGUUCUAAAAUUCCUAUCUAUCUGUCAUACCCUCUAUGGAUUCAACUUAGCUUUUACAUUCAGGUAAUUUGUUCAUCUUGUGACCCUAUUCAGGUAGGAAGGAGUAUAUAUUGUCAAGAAAAGAGAACGAGAUUAGGAAUAGAGAGAAAGAAAGAAAAAGGGGGGGGGGGGAUUUGAACUGGCCUUCAGAAUCCAACUAUGAAAAUUAGAAAUCUUAUGGUCUGUUGUUUGGCUAGCUUAAACUUUUCUCCUUGGUAGAAAAUAUGAACUUUCAAUGGAUAAGCAGUGGCGUAUUCGAUGUUUUAAUUGAGGUAGUCAUGGUGGCAAUGUGUGACAGAGAAUGGCAGUAAAUGAAGCUAUUUGAGGUGGUCAUAUGGUGCCUUUGUCCGUGAUUGCGGUGAUGAUGGUGAUUGCAUUUGGUUCUUGUGCCAAUCUUUAUUGUGGUGUUGUUGCAUUAAGGGUCUUCUUUUUCGGGCAAUCUUGUACCCAGUGUGGACCAGCACAUAGGAAUCAACUUCUGCUUGGAUGGCGAUGGCUCACUAUCUUCUUGUACUUUGCCCUUAUCCUUACGGGUACUUUGCUCUUUGUUGCUUGCCUUUUGUCACCAGUAUUGGACUUUCCCUUAUCGUCGGGCCUAGAGGCAUAUUUCUUACUGGAGUAGCCAAUAAAGGAUUCGGCAGUCACUAGCAGUCGUAAUGUCCUGCACCUCAUGACACAUAAGUUUCAUCUUUGACCAAGGUUGAAGGUCAUAUGAAGAAGAGGGACUGUUUGUUGGACAGAUCCGAGAUUUCAAGAACUUGCAUAGUGAACUCUUUCACAAAUCUCAAAUGGUGUCAAUAUGCUUUAAUCGACGGAGUUGGAUCCGUGCCUCCUCUGCAUUCUCUAGGUAGAAUUGUUUCAUGAUUUCCUUCUCAAAAUUAUCAAAUGAGUCUAUGGUGCCCGUUCUUGAUAUAUAUAUAUAUAUCUGUGCCUUCUACGCCACCAUGGAGUAGAAUGGUGUCAACAGUUGGUUGUUGGAAGCAACAUUGCUAUUCACAUGCUUACGCGGCACAAACAUACGUAAAAUUACUUGUAUUGGAUUGAUAGUGUCCAGCAUUAGAACCUGAAUUUGAGAAUUAAACCUUCCCCAUGUUUCGAUAUUUGACAAUAUAACAUAGGUCAU